UGGCGCCAUUUUGGUGAGGGUCGGACCUUAAAGGGCCAGACGCCGGCGUCCUCCCGGUUCUGGGUCCGUCUACGCUCGGAUCACCCCGCCCCUCUAGAGCCGCUCCGCGACCGUUAGCCACAGGCCGCGCGUGCGCUACGCCUCGCCACGCCACGCAUCGUCGCGCCACGCCAGCGGGACGCGACGAGCGCCACCGGGCUGAAACCAUUCACUUUCCCGAGGCGGGAGCCGGAGCCGGAGCCGGGGCCAGAGCAGAGCCGGGCAAGUAGCCGAGCGGAGGAGAAGGCGGCAGCAGGUGAGGCCAGGGUGGGGCCCCAGGACUGACACGUGGCGGCCUUGGGCGACGGGAAGACGACAACCCCGUAGGGAGCACAGCCUGGGCAAAGGGCUUCGUCUCUCCUCCUCCUCCCACAGCAAGAAGGGCAGAGCCGGACUUUCCUCCUUGCCAGCGAGGGCUCCCCAAAGCAGCCGUCCCUCCAAGCCACCAUGGCUGGGAAGAGACAAGCCAAGCGACAGCCCCUCCUGCUCCUGCUGUUCAUUGCCGCAGCCUUCGUCCACCUGGCUGCCUGCCCCUACGCCAAGGUGGAGGAGAGCUUCAACCUGCAGGCCAUCCACGACCUCCUGUACCACCGCUGGGACCUGGACAAGUACGAUCAUCACGACUUCCCUGGCGUCGUCCCAAGAACGUUUCUCGGGCCCAUCUUAAUCGCAGCCUUUUCCAGCCCCGCCGUCUGCGUGCUGUCCAUGCUGGAAAUGUCCAAAUUCUAUUCUCAGCUGAUAGUGCGAGGGAUCCUCGGGCUCGGCGUCAUUCUCGGGCUCUGGAAGCUGCAGAAGGAGGUGCGGAGGCAGCUGGGGGCCACCGUGGCCACCGUCUUCUGCCUCAUCACGGCCACCCAGUUUCACCUGAUGUUCUACUGCACUCGGACCCUGCCCAACGUGCUGGCCCUGCCCGUGGUGCUGCUGGCCCUGACGGCCUGGCUGCAGCAGAAGCGCGCGCGCUUCAUCUGGCUCUCGGCCUUCGCCAUCAUCGUGUUCCGGGCCGAGCUGUGCCUCUUCCUGGGCCUGCUGCUGCUGCUCAGCCUGCUGGGCCGGAAGGUGACCCUCCUGAGGGUGCUGGGCCACGCCGUCCCCGCCGCCAUCGUCUGCCUGGGGCUGACGGUGGCCGUGGAUUCCGUGUUCUGGCGCCACGUGCUGUGGCCGGAGGGCCGCGUGCUCUGGUACAACACGGUCCUGAACAAAAGUUCCGCCUGGGGCACCUCGCCCUUCCUCUGGUACUUCUACUCGGCUCUGCCGCGGGCGCUGGGCUGCAGCAUCCUCUUCAUCCCUCUGGGUGUGGGCGACCGCCGGACGCGGCUGCUGCUGCUGCCGGCUCUGGGCUUCGUCUUCCUGUACUCGUUCCUCCCCCACAAGGAGCUGCGCUUCAUCAUGUACACCUUCCCCGUCCUGAACAUCGUGGCGGCCAAGGGCUGCGCCCGCGUGCUCAACAACUACAAGAAGUCGUGGCUGUACAAGCUCGGCUCCCUGCUCGUCCUGGCGCACCUCCUGCUCAACGCCGCCUACUCGGCCACCUCGCUCUACGUCUCCCACUUCAACUACCCCGGCGGGGUGGCCAUCCAGAAGCUGCACGAGCUGGUGCCCCCCAAGACAGACGUGUCGCUCCACAUUGAUGUGGCCGCUGCGCAGACGGGCGUCUCUCGAUUUCUAGAGGUCAACAAAGACUGGACGUACGACAAGAAGGAGGGCCUGCAGCCCGGCGCGGGGCCCAUGAUGGCCUACACGCACCUGCUCCUGGAGGUGGACCCCCUGCAGCUGUCGCACUACAAGCACACCCACCGCGUGCUGGCCAACAUCGCGGGCGCGGCCGGCGUCCGGCUCAACCUCACCAAAGUGCCUCCCUUUGAGCUGAACUUGAAACCCAAGUUGGUGCUUCUGGAGAGACUGCUGAGGCCUUCGUGAAGGGCCCCACCGAGCCUUCCACGCGGAUCCGGAGCCCGGGGGGCCUCAGCCGGGGCCGGCCUCCCCUCCCGGCCUCCCCUCCCGGGCGGCUCCGCUGUCCGCCGGGCCUCGUCCGCUUCUCCGGGAUCGGAGGCCAAGAAGCGGGGCCCCCCCGCGGCUGUGCGGCUCUAGGCGGGGCCCUGCCCGCCCCCCGCCCCAUCCUGGCGCCCGUUUCUGUCCUCCUGGCGUGUCCUCACCGAGGUGGCAGCGGCCAGGCUGAGCGAGGACGCGAGCGACGCCGCCCAAAGUAAAGGAAUUUUCUUAC